AUGGCACCCAAAGUCGAAUACGCCGACAACCUGGGGCCCUCAAGACAAGAAGAUGGGACCAUUGAAGGCACGUCUGAAGAAAUCAUCGAUAACCCUGACAAAGCUACUGCUUUUGCUAUCAGCGGUAUAGAUGAGCACUACGACAUUGACUCGGACAACUCACCUCAACCUGAAGUCAGAGCCAAUGUCCCCAAUGUCGACGAUCCCUCUAUGCCCGUCAAUACGCUCCGUGCGUGGACGCUGGGUCUUCUGUUCACAAUCCUUGGUACUGGGAUCAAUCAGUUCUUUUCGAUGAGAUAUCCCAGUGUGACCAUCUCAUCACUCGUCGCACAAUUAGUCGCCUAUCCAGCUGGGAGAGCCCUUGCGCAUGCCCUUCCCAUCAUGAGAAUCACACUAUUCGGGAGGGAAAUUGCGCUUAACCCAGAUCAUCACUUCAACAUAAAAGAACAUGCCCUCAUCACAAUCAUGUCGAACCUUUCGUUCGGACCGUCUUGGGCGACGGAUAUCAUCCAAGCUCAAGUUGCGCCUGCGUUCUUGGGGUUGAAGACUCCAGUCGGGUAUCAGUUUUUACUCGCGCUUACGAUGCAGCUGUUUGGUCUUGGAAUGGCGGGUAUGGCGUAUAGAUUUAUCGUUGAGCCGCCGCAUAUGGUUUGGCCUUCGACACUGGCUAAUGCCGCGCUGUUUCAGACUCUACAUGGGAGGGCGAAUCCGAAGGCGGAUGGGUGGAGUAUCUCGAGGUAUCGGUUCUUUGUCUACGUUUUUGCUGGUGGUUGGUUAUGGUACUGGCUUCCUGGAUUUCUCUUCACGGGACUGAGCACUUUUGCGUUCAUAUGCUGGGCUGCGCCAAACAGCAUCGUCGUCAACAACCUGUUUGGCAUGUCAACCGGUCUCGCAUAUCUCCCCACAACUUUCGACUGGUCUCAAAUCGCAUACAACGGCUCUCCCCUCGUCGUUCCCUUCUGGGCUCAAGCCAACGUCUUCGCCGGAUGGGUCAUCCUCUUCGCUCUCGUCACACCAAUCUUGUACUACACAAACACUUGGUACGCAGCGCACCUCCCCUUCUCUGGAGGUGACAUCUACGAUAACACUGGCAAUGUCUUCAAUGCGUCGCGCGUCGUUGACCGACAUGGAAACUUCUCACCAGAAGAGUACAAGGACUAUAGUCCUAUUUUCAUGCCAGUCACUUUCGCUCUGAGCUACGGUGUUUCUUUUGCGACAAUGACUUGCGUGCCGACAUACAUCUUUCUCAAUUACUGGAAGCAGAUCGUUGGCGCUUUCAACCCUCAGCGGAAGAAAGAUAUUCAUGCGCGGCUCAUUGAGCGAUAUUCUGAUGCUCCUUGGUGGUGGUACGCCGCAUUGACCGCUAUUGUUCUUGGCCUCACCAUCAUGGUGCAAGAAGUAUAUGAUACAAAAAUGCCCGUUUGGGGUGUCUUCUUGGCCUUUGGUCUCGCUGCCUUCUACCUCAUCCCCACCGGAAGUGUCUACGCCGUCGCCAAUCUCAACAGCAACGUCCUCACUGUUCUCGGUGAGAUCAUCUCAGGCUACGCCAUCCCAGGAAAGCCAGUCGUCAUGCUCAUCUUCAAGUUCUACGCCUACACGGGACUAAGCCAAGCGAUGAUCUUUGCCUCAGACAUGAAACUCGGGUUGUACAUGAAGAUACCUCGUCGUACCCUAUUCGUCGCACAGUUGACGGCGUGCAUCGUUGGAUCUCUCACCCAGAAUGCUGUUGUUCUGUGGAUGUUGCACCAUGUCAAGGACAUCUGUGAGAGCGACCAACCCAACAAGUACACCUGUCCUCAAGGUCGCGUCAAUUUCUCGUCAAGUAUCGUUUGGGGAGCAGUCGGUCCAGCGCGUUUGUACAGCGUGGGUAAGAUCUACUCUGGAUUGUUGCACCUGUUUUGGCUAGGAGCGCUACUACCAGUGGUGACGUUCUUCCUCAAAAAGAAGUAUCCAAACAGCAAGUUGCUACGUAACCUUCACUGGCCUCUCUUCUUUGCCGGUACUGGCAACGUGCCUCCAGCUACUGGUAUCAACUACAGUUCCGCGUUUGCAGUCUCAUUCAUUUUCAACAAGUGGAUCCGUGGAAAGUAUCCGCAUUGGUGGGCAAAGUAUAAUUACGUUCUGUCUGCAGCGCUUGAUUCUGGUCUUGCCAUAUCUGCCAUCGUGAUUUUCUUUGCACUCGUCUUCCCUGGUGUUAGUCUCAGCUGGUGGGGAAACAACGUCCAGGGCACGACUGCAGAUGGGAUGGGUACUCCGUGGAGGAAGUUGGGCACCAAUGAGACAUUCGGGCCAUCUACUUGGAAUUAA